AUGGGAGAUAAAGGAGAUCAAACCGAUUCAACGGGAGGCAACCAGCCCGUAAAACCUGGAAGACUAGACAUAGGUACGUUAGACGAAAAGCCCAGGGCGCAUAACCGUUUAAAUUUACUCAACACGUUGCAAAGAUGCAACUCGAUCAGUGAUACAAACAAGAAAAGGAAAUAUAUGGAUACACCCCCCGAAGACCCAUACAGAAAAAAGGAAAGCCCGGAAGCGUUUAUUUUAACCGAGGCUAUGAAACCGGUGCUUAAAUUAGCCACCGACGUUGACGUAAUAAUAAAGGACAUUCCCAAUACGCACCUUAAAAUCAAGGAGAUUGCUAAGAAACUCAAAAAAAGCACAAGCGUGUUCGAUAGAGUAUCAGUAAAGCAGUGGAUGGAAAACAAUAAGAUGGAGCCAGUACCGAAGGCGACUUAUGACGUUGAUAUCCAAACAGACAUACAUAUCGUCACUGAAACCACCACCCGAGCUAGUAAUAACAGAAAUGAACUGAAUACGCAGACAGUCCCUAAGACCGCUGCGGAAAUAAGUACGCAAACAGACUUCGACCCGGACAGUCAACUGCCGAUCUUUUCUCUGCCAAAAUCAUGUAAAUACGAAGAUUUCGAGAGAAUAAAAUCUCUAAGAUGGGACAUCAACUUAUUUAAAAACACCAGGAUGGUAAUAGGGAACCCACUGGAAGCGGAAGAUAAUAUCCCUAAGGUAGUGUUGAUAGAGCCUAAGGACAAAGAAAUGGAUUUGAGCAUACAGAGGCUCUUCAAAGAAAAGUACCCCGAUCUUAACAGAGCAACAGGUGAUUUCGAGACACUAGAGCAAAUAACACGAAUCGGCGAUAGGACCGCAACCACUAGAAAGGUGUUUAAAGUAAGCCAUGACGGGACACUUCCAGAAAUCUGGCAGAAACUUGAGAGAGUCAGAAACGAGACCAUAGAAUGCCCAAGGAUCACGAUGCACCAUAUUGUAGGCAUUGAAAAUGACGUGCUAAGAAAACUAAUCGAAUGUAUUUUUAUGGAAUCUACUACGGCGGUGGACAUCUACACUACCAAGCCGCGGAUGGAAAGACCCACUUUUGGCAUGAUCGUAAGUAAAGGCAACAAGACGUACAAAGAAGUACUCGAAAAAGUUAAGGGUAUAGUUACAAACAACGAAGCGGCUAAGGCCAUAAGAUCGGUUAAAAGUACGAAGAAUGGGCAACUCCUCCUCACCGUAGACAAAAACGAAGAGGCUCUGGUAAAUAUAAAAGAAGCACUCGGGAAACCAGAAAUGGGGCUAAGAACACUAGAAUUAGGAACCGGAGAAAGAUACAUGACCCUUCAUGUCAGGGGCAUGAUGUUAGGAACAACAAAAGUCGACGUCAUAGAAGCUCUCGACGAAGCAGCAGACCUAUCCGAAAUAGACAGGAAAGUGGGAGACCUGAGACCAAUGAGAAACAAUACGCUCACAUGCACGGUAAAUAUAACUACCUUAAAAGGAGAAAAACUACUGACAGCAAGGAGUAUCAAGAUCGGGCUGGUUAGAUGUCACAUGGAAAAAAGGGUGAAGGUAGACAGGUGCCCGAUAUGCUGGUCUUACGAACAUAACAGACAGCAAUGCAGAGGAGUCGACAGGCAAAAAAAUUGUUACAAAUGUGUAGGAGAUGAACAUGAAUCAAAGGACUGCGAUAAAGAGGAAUACUGCCCACUCUGCGAACAAGCAGGACACCGGAUCGGCACCAUGAAAUGCCCCGCAUUCAAAAGUGCCCUAAACAAGGCCAAAAAAAGGAAAAGGGUCUAA